CGUUUGGGCUUUGUUUUGUUGUUAUUUUGCCAGUUAUUUUAUUUGUCGGUACUAUUGGUCGUAAAGUAGAGCAAUUUGCGACAGUUCAUGACGUCAUCAUCAAGGUCCUGUCUCAAUGAACAUAAACGCGAUGUCAGGAUAUCUUUUAUCUUUGUAAUCAUUUCUUCCACUGUUUUUGUAAUGCCUUUUUUCGUAAUUAAUGUAUCGUGGACACAUUCGUUUGAUAAAUGCUUGUUUUAAAACUAAUGAAACAUCCGAAGCUAACCCAACUAGCUCGGCGAUGCUAGCCUUAAUAUCCUUCUGCUGUGCUCAUAACAUCCUAAAGAUGAUUUGCUGAUGUCAUUUGCAUCCGUCGCAAAUUGGGCUUUUUUAUUGUUCUGCGUGCAGUUUGGAAUAUUUCCUUUGUAGCCCUCGACAUAGACAACUCGGUUGAUUACAAAUGUCAGCACAAAAGGACUGCGAGUUUUUGGUGAAAAGAGCUCGGGAGCUGGUUCCUGAUGACCCUUGUGCCGCUAAAGCCUGGCUCAUUACCGCCAGAACACUUUACCCUGCUGACUUCAACAUCCAGUAUGAAAUGUACAUCAUUGAACGCAAUGCAGAAAAGACAUCUUGUGCAGGGAGACUGCUUUACGACAUGUUCUUAAAUUUUCCAGAUCAGCCCAUUGUGUGGCGUGAGAUCAGUGUCAUCACAGCUGCACUGCGGAGUGACUCCCAAGACAAACAUUCACAGUUUCUUCGAGGGCUUUUUGAAACACUGCCUGGUCGUAUACAAUGUGAGAUGUUGCUGAAAGCCACCGAGCAGUGCUUCAACACUUUGGAGAAGGCGGAGAUGCUGUUGCUUUUAUUAAAGCGCUUUCCAGAGUCUGUUGUCCAACAUGGGGUGAGUCUAGGCGAGACACUGUUGGAGGCAGAGGCAUCUGAGAAAGUGGAGUCGCCUGUCAACUGCUUCAGAAAACUUUUCGUGUGUGACGUCCUCCCUCUGCUGAUAAACAACAUGGAUAUGCGCCUGCCCGCCAGCCUGAUGCAGAAAUACAUUCUCAAAGCUGCUGAAUUCUACAUCGGCUAUGUCGCCCGAGGACCUUCACCGGAUGGACCGAUGAAUGUCUCUCAAGAAGGUGGUCCACUUAAGUCUCCCUCUGUCUCACGGGGCUCUCAACGCUAUGUGAUUGACGGCUUGUCGGAGAAGUCAUCGGUGGUAGCUGAACCAUGGGAGAGGCUGUUGGACCUUCUUGCUGUUGUCGGAGCUCGAUGUGAAUGGCAGGUAGACAAAGGACAGAGGAGCUACACAGACUUGCUUCAGAGAGUAAAGGAGCUGUGUCGCUACUUACCUGGCCUUGAGGGUGACACCAGAGCCCGCUGCUGCAGUCAGGUGGUCAUCUGCGCCGCCCUCGUCCUCUUCCGCAACGCCUUCCUCUAUGUCUCGGCCGUACAGCCAGCGCUGUUCCAGGGUGUGAAUACUCUAAACAUGGGCCCGUGGAUUUUAGUGGAGGAUUUGAGCUCGGUGUACCAUGAUGUGGAUUUGGAGAGAGGAACAGUCAAACACGCGCAUAAGAAACGCAAAAUGGCAGAUGGCAGAGAGAAGACAAUGAGCUCCGAUGAUGAGGAAGGCCUAGGUAAGAUGCGCGGUCGACACAUCUUGGUGAACAAAACCGAGAUGCCCAGCUGGUCAGAGACUCUGGAGAGCUUUUACACAGCGAGAGAAAGCUGGGACCUCCUUCAUUCCCAUGACAGCCUUGAAACUGAGUUCAAAAAGAUCUGUGCCACGUGGAAGACAGACAGCUGGCUUUGGUUACGAAUUUUCCUCACGGACAUAAUCAUAUACCAGGGACAGUACCGUAAGGCCCUGUCCAGCCUGCAGCAGAUGGCCGCCGUGCAGCAACUUCACCCAGGCCAGCAGAGCCCCUCAGGUCAGACCAGUCUGGAGCACCACAGGGCCCUCAUACAGCAAGCUUCCUGCCACUACGCACUGGGAGAAUACAGGAUGGCCUCUGAGAAGCUCCUCGAUGUUGUCAGUGGACUUGUAGCCCCAAACCAUGAAUCAACAAAGCCCUCUGAAGAUCAGACAAGGGUCAAGACCAAAUCCAAGAAAAGUCAUGAGCUGAGAUUGCUUCCAUGCACCAGUAAGGCUGUGCUACCUUUCUGCCUCCAGCUCAUGCUGUCCUGUUUUAAGCUGCGCGCCUUCACUGACAACAGGGACGACUUGUCGCUGGGUCACGUGGUGGUGCUCCUGCAGUACGACUGGCCUCAGGGCGAGAUGCUUUUUCUCAAGGCUGUGGACAAGAUCUGCCAGCAAGGCAGUUUCCAGUAUGAGAAUUUCUUCAAUUACGUCACCAACAUCGACAUGCUGGAGGAAUUUGCAUACUUGCGUACGCCAGAUGGAGGGAGGAUCCAGCUGGAGCUGCUGCCCAACCAGGGGAUUCUGAUUAAGAACCCUAGCCCCGCCCUGGGGGUGGAGUUAAACACCCUUCUGCUACAAGGGGUUCACACGAUGGACAGACACCACACAGUGACGAGGGGGAUCACUAAAGGAGUGAAGGAGGACUUCCGCCUGGCCAUGGAGAGGCAAGUGUCGCGUUGCGGAGAGAACCUGCUGAGCGUGCUGCACCGUUUUUGUAUCAAUGAGAAAAUCAUCAUCGUCCAGUCUCUCCCUUGACGCCAUAAAGCCUUCUCAAAACGAGGUUGGACUGACUCUUUGACCUCUCGUACUACAAGAGACACUGAAAACUUUUUUGUACAACGGUGUAGUUUUCUUGUGUUUGCUAACUUACAGCAUUUUUAAUGGUAUCACCAUGAUGGGAUAUUUUGUAGAUAUCGUUAAAAUAACUUGCAUUUUGCUUGGGAAUGUUUUUUGGAACGAUUUGACUUGACCUUUUAAAUGAGAUAUAUGAUAACUGUCACUACUGGACACAAGGUGGCAGCAUUUGGUAAACCCAACCUAACCCUCCCAAUAAGUGUGAUGCAGUGCAGUUCUUCACCACUGCAAACUAAUAUCGCCUGGAGAAUGACAUUCAUUUCCAUUUUUAUUUUUAUUUCAUUAAUAAAUAGAAUCAUAAAAAUGAAUCAUAAAUUCAACGGAUCAGAAAGAAAUAUACAUUUACAAAAGCCAAAACCAGAGAAGUUGUCACGUUGUGUAAAUGGUAAAUAAAAAGAGAAUACAACAAAUCCUUUUCAACUUAUAUUCAAUUGAAUAGACUGCAAAGACAAGAUAUUUCAUGUCCGAACUGAGAAACUUCUUUUUUUUUGCAAAUAUUCAUUAACUUAGAAUUUAAUGGCAGCAACACAUUGCAAAAAAGUUGGCACUGGGGCAUUUUUACCACUGUGUCACAUGGCCUUUCCUUUUAACAACACUCAGUAAACGUUUGGGAACUGAGGAGACACAUUUUUGAAGCUUCUCAGGUGGAAUUCUUUCCCAUUCUUGCUUGAAGUACAGCUUAAGUUGUUCAACAGUCGGGGGGUCUCCCUUGUGGUAUUUUAGGCUUCAUAAUGCGCCACACAUUUUCAAUGGGAGACAGGUCUGGACUAAAGCAGGCCAGUCUAGUACCUGCACUCUUUUACUACGAAGCCAUUUUGAUGUAACACGUGCAGAAUGUGGCUCGGCAUUGUCUUGCAUGAGAAAGACGUUGCUUGGAUGGCAACAUAUGUUGCUCCAAAACCUGUAUGUACCUUUCAGCAUUAAUGGUGCCUUCACAGAUGUGUAAGUUACCCAUGUCUUGGGCACUAAUACACCCCCAUACCAUCACACAUGCUGCCUUUUACACUUUGCGCCUAUAGCAGUUUGGAUGGUUCUUUUCAUUUUUGGUCCGCAGGACACGACGUCCAGUUUCCAAAAACAAUUUGAAAUGUGGACUCGUCAGACCAUAGAACACUUUUCCACUUUGUAUCAGUCCAUCUUAGAUGAGCUCGAGCCCAGCUCAGCCGGCAGGCGUUUCUGGGUGUUGUUGAUAAAUGGCUUUUGCUUUGCAUGGUAGAGUUUUAACUUGCACUUACAGAUGUAGCGACAAACUGUAGUUACUGACAGUGGUUUUCUGAAGUGUUCCUGAGCCCAUGUGGUGAUAUCCUUUACACACUGAUGUCACUUUUUGAUGCAGUACCGCCUGCAGGAUCGAAGUUCACGGAGAUUGCCGCUUACGUGCAGUGAUUUCUCCAGAUUCUCUGAACCUUUUCAUGAUAUUACGGAGCGUAGAUGGUGAAAUUCCUUGCAAUAGUUGCUUGAGAAAUGUUGUUCUUAAACUAUUAGACAAUUUGCUCACGCAUUUGUUGACAAAGUGGUGACCCUCGCCCCAUCCUUGUUUGUGAAUGACUGAGCAUUUCAUGGAAUCUACUUUUAUACCCAAUCAUGGCACCCACCUGUUCCCAAUUUGCCUGUUCACCUGUGGGAUGUUCCAAAUAAGUCUUUGAUGAGCAUUUCUCAACUUUAUCACUCUUUGUUGCCACUUGUGCCAGCUUUUUUGAAACCUGUUGCAGUCAUCAAAUUCCAAAUUAGCUAAUACUUGCAAAAAAUAACAAAGUUUAGCAGUUCGAACGGUAAAUAUCUUGUCUUUGCAGUCUAUACAAUUGAAUAUAAGUUGAAAAGGAUUUGCAAAUCAUUGUAUUCUCUUUUUAUUUACCAUUUACACAACGUGCCAACUUCACUGAUUUUGGGUUUUGUAUAUCGGCUCCCCUAUACAAGUAGAGUAUUGGCUAUUUAACUUGGAAGACUAUUAAAGCCAUAUUUCUAUUUUAUAACAUACAAUAAAAAUAUCAGCUUACUAAAAGUCGGAUCUUUGCAUCAUCAUGAUUUUUUACACACAGAAAGAGCUUUACAUUGUUUGCUUCCACUGUCAAGGCUGCUUCAUAAACUAACACCUUUAAAUGAAAUGCUUCUAUGGCACAAUAGGCGCUAAUAUAAUAGAAAAUAGAGCUAAAUAAAGGAAAUGUUGCAAAGCAGCCCUGGCACUGGAUCGAUUGUUCACAUUAAAGCCUAAAAGAAGGAGCUUGUGCACAAUAAAAACACCAUUAUACGCACUAUUUAUAAUAGCUAUGCAAUAAUAGUGGCAGCUGUCCAAUUCAAUGUACCUGUCCACCUCUCGCCUUGAGGCACAGU